AUGAACAACAACCUGGUGAGUCUAUUUAUUUACUUUUGACUGAAAGAUAAACACUGAAAACAUAGAUAAAGUAAGGGGUUAAUGCUUGGUGAAUGAGUAGUUAUGCAAACAGAAUCCUUUCAGGGUGAGACUAUAGGACCCUGUUGCUGAUACAGGAUUUCAGAUGGUCAACAGUUCAGGGUCACCUGUGCAGCAUUUUUUUUUUUGUGUGUGUGUUAUGUUGUGUCAAAUGUUUUGAAAUGAGUGAGAAGUCUUGAUGCCGGCUGACCAGUUUAAUGGCGUUACUAUUCUAUUCUUUCACAGAGCCUUGCUGUCUCUACGUAUGUGUGCAGACUGUGGUUUAACAUUGUCAUGUUAGAAUAUGCAGAGUCUGGAUGGCUGCAUAUGUUGCUUUGACUGUAAAUAUUGUUCAGUGUUCAUGAUCCCAGAUGGGAUGGACAUUAUGCAUCCUAAUUAAACAAUUAAACUGUGUGCUUAUAACAAGGCACAAAUUUCCUCUUUUCUUUAGAGAAGGAGGCACUUGUGGUUUCUACAAAAUUCAAUAUUUGAUCUAUUGGUGUCUCUUAAAUGGUCCUUAGGUCAAUGGUGUUUCUGUACAUCUUAAUACAGAGUCUUGCCUCUGCGAAGUACAGUUUUAACAGUUUUUUUUUUUUUUUUAUCUGGGGGAGGGGGUAAUUUCAGCCCAUGCAGUGAUUACCACUGCAGAGCCAUGCCUAUUUUUUAAUGUAGUGUUGCCUGUGGGCCUGAGGUGCAGACUCCUCAUGUGUUCAUUUUCUGCCUUGUCCUUUUUGUACAAAUAUUGCUUCAAAGAUAUAAUGUACUAUAGAUGAUGCUGAAGAACAUCUGGUGACAAUUUGCUGGUGCAGUCCCUCACAGAGUGAUAAACUUCUUCCCUUUUUUACCUCCAAGAGACUCAGACUCUAUAGAAAGCUCUUUUCAUACCCAGUCACGUGACUAACCUUUUAACAUUAAAGGGAUAUUCCAGCGUAAAUUUAAUUUAGGGUUAAUCACACUGUAACGCUGAGUUAGACACCCCCUCCAGAGAUGAAUGUUGCCGAGGCUUGCUUUUCUAGUUACACCAACUUAGGAAUGACUGCAGGAUAGCAAUACACAGCAGUCUCAGCCAUAAACAAACCUCAACCAAAAAGCCACUCUAUCGCCACAAAUAAUGCUCAGAACAACACCUAACUUCAUCAACAGUACAUAGAGGCUCCUAGCCACAGAACUAGCCACCAAACAUCUUUUUAACUUUGCCUAAUUUCUUUAGCAAAGAGACUAAACACAACUCACCUACUCUCUUCCAGCAGCCGUUUGUUUCUUCAUGGAAAUACAAUCAGUCCUAGACACUAAGGCAGAAGAACUACCAUGUCUGCAGAGCAAAAUGAUUGAUAUGGGGAUUUUUACUUCAAUGAAAUAAUAAAGUUAUAAUCAUAAUUGUUCUUCCUUGAGCUGCGGCACCCCGCAGCAGUCCGUUAUGGACUGGCCUGAGGCUACAAACAAACAACUGCUGGAAAAGGGUAGGUGAGUUGUGUUUAGUCUCUUUGCUAAAGAAAUUAGGCAAAGUUAAAAAGAUGUUUGGUGGCUAGUUCUGUGGCUAGCACCCUAUAUGUACUGUUGAUGAAGUUAGGUGCUGUUCUGAGCAUUAUUUGUGGCCAUAGAGUGGCGUUUUAGUUGAGGUUUGUUUAUGGCUCCUGAGACUGCUGUGUAUUGCUAUCGGUCAUUACUAAAAUUGGUAUAACUAGUGAAGCAAGCUGUCAGCAACAUUCAUCUCUCAAGCAAGUGUCUAUUUGGUGUUACACUGUAUUUGACCCUAAAUUAAUCAUGCUGGAAUAUCCCUUUAACCUUAGUAGCUGAGAGAAGAUUCUCUCUUUUAGUCCUGCUGUUCUUGUGUCAUCUGUCUUUUUUAUACGUAACUGGUAUCAAUAAGUUACUGACUAUAUUACUGCCUAUAACUAUCUUGUGUAUAAAAGUUGAAUGGCUAAUUUAAGCUUGUACAUAUUUGUGUAACAUUUAUUCAUUUAACAUUCAUUUGUCAUGCGUCUCUCAUAGAAAAUGUCCAGGGUGAUCCCUGUACUCCUGACAGGUCUAUGCCUCUUAUUGUUCAGGCCCACUUGUUGCAGUUGCAGCAAUAUUCUGGUAGUGCCAGUUGAUGGCAGUCACUGGAUCAACAUGGAGAUUAUCCUCCAAGAGCUGCACGCCAGAGGCCACAACAUCACUGUGAUGCACUCCGCUACAAGCUGGUACAUCCCGAAUAACUCUACGUGGUUCACCUCCAUUAAUGUUCAAAUGUUGGACGACGAGGACAAGGAUUUCUACAACAGAAUGCUUUUAAAUUAUCUGGAAUGUCGCAAGUCAUCCACCUUCAUGCGCACCUUCUGUCAAAACAAUUUAGUUGGAUCUAUGUUGGAUGUUGGCCACAAGUUCCUCUCUGAAAGUGUUGCUGGAAUAUUAGAUGACCAAGCUUUUAUGAAGUUGCUUCAAGACACCAAGUUUGAUCUGAUGUUAACAGACCCUUGCUUGCCAGUGGGGCUACUGCUGGGUAGUUACCUCAAGCUGCCAAUGGUUUAUAAUGUGCGCUGGAUGGAUACUGGCGACGUCCAUUUCACCAUAGCUCCCUCUCCUCUGUCCUAUAUACCAUUCCCAGGAAGCGAACUCAGUGAUCAAAUGGAUUUCCUGGAGAGGACCAAGAAUACGUUACAUUAUCUGCAAAACUUGGCUCAGCAGCACUUCAUCAUAAAUCCUUAUUAUUCAGACCUGCUCCAGCGGCACUUCCCUCCUGGAUCAGACUUGAUGUCUCUGCAGCUUGCAGCUGAUAUGUGGCUUGUAAGAGCUGAUUUCAUCUUUGAGUUCCCUCGCCCUACCAUGCCCAAUGUGGUCUACAUAGGAGGAUUCCAGUGCAAAGAGGCCCGUCCCCUUCCUGUUGAGCUGGAGGAGUUCAUGCAGAGCUCUGGGAAUCAUGGAGUGGUAGUCAUGUCUCUGGGGACCUUGGUGUCGGCGCUUUCUCGUGAAACCAUGGAGGCCAUCGCUGCUGCUUUUGCUCGACUGCCUCAGAAGGUGCUGUGGAAGUUUGUUGGAGAGAAGCCUUCAUCUUUGGGGAACAACACACUCUUGGUGAAAUGGCUGCCUCAGAAUGAUGUCCUUGGACACCCCAAGACUCGUGCCUUUGUAGCCCACGGUGGUACCAAUGGCUUGUAUGAAGCCAUUUACCAUGGUGUUCCUGUUGUGGGUCUUCCCCUCCUCUUUGACCAAUUUGAAAACAUUCUUAGGUUGAAGGUGCGCGGGGCAGCUCGUAUGGUUGAGGCAGGAUCACUCACAGAAGAAGGUUUCCUGGAGGCUUUGAAGGAUGUCCUGGAGACUCCAUCAUACCGCAACAACAUGAAACGUCUUUCACAGUUGCACCAGGACCUGCCAAUGUCACCUAUGGACACUGCCGUCUUUUGGAUUGAGUAUGUCAUCAGGAAUAAGGGGGCUGCCCAUCUCCAGGCUGCAGGUUUUAGUCUUCCUUGGUACUCCUAUUUCUGUCUGGAUGUGGCUGUUUUUUUCACGGCUGUAACUGCAGCUGUAGUUUGGGCCUUGUUCGCAGUCUGUAGGAAUGUCUGCUGCAGAAAGUCCAGGAGAAAGACUAAGGCAGAUUAA